AUGAACAGACUUGAUGUGUUUUCCAUGCAAAUUGUCACAAAAUACUUAAUGAAUCCCACCGACUUUAUUAAUAUUGUUUGUGUAUGUAAAAAGUAUCAGUAUAUGCUUGAAAGAAUUAGAAUCAACCCAAUACAAAUAACACCGCAAAAUAUGAAUUUAUUUCCUAAUAUUCAAACACAAAAUAUGUUUUCUCCGUUCGAUAUAAAACUUACAAACACAAAUAUUGAGCGACUCCAAUACUCUUAUCUAGUUUCUUAUGACAAAUUUUUAGAAGAAAAGAAACGCUUUAAUAUUUGUCCUUAUGUAAAAUACACAAAAGAAGACAGAGAAAAGUAUGGCAACACAAUUCCCCAAAAUGUGUGUUGUAUUGACAACAACUGUUUUAAAAAUUGUGAGGAAGAAGUGAUAACCAUCCCAAAUAACAUUCGAGUUAUUUUAAAUAAGGCUUUUACAUUAGCACAUAUCCGAGAAAUUGAAAUACCAAAUUCUGUGACGUUUCUUGGCGAUAGCGUGUUCGAUGGAUGCACCAAUUUGACACGUGUUGUACUUCCAUCUACACUUCAACACAUCCCCGAACAAACUUUUAAAAAAUGUGUGUCUUUAAAAGAAGUUAAAAUACCAUCAUCCAUCACUGCAUUUGGAAGUGACUGUUUUGGUCCGGACUGUGGGAUGGAGUCCAUUGUUGUUGCACCAAAUAUUUGUGUUUCGUUUUAUGCAUUUGAAUUUUCCAAUCUAAAUCACAUUGAAUUUGUUGGUCAAUCAAUCAUAGCAGAUCAUGUGUGCGACCAUUGUUUGUUAUUGAAAAGUGUGAAAAUGGACACCACUGUAAAGGUCAUUGGAAGUUACGCGUUUCUUCAUUGUGAAAAACUUGAGGAUAUCAAUGUCCCAUCAUCACUUCAAAUUAUCAACACAUCCGCUUUUGAAAAGUGCACUUCUUUAAGCAAAUUUGUAAUUCCAAAUAAGCUUCUGUGUAUCGGUGCACGUGCAUUUUAUAAUUGUUCCAAUUUAAAAAAAUUGAAUUUCCCAGAUAACACCAAAUUUUGUGGCAUUAAAAUUUUUACUAAUUGCACUCAAUUAAGUUCAUUGACACUUCCAAAUUUUAAUGGUAAAUUGACAUUUGCAAUCAGUAAAGAGGAAGAGGAAAUUAUGAAUAAAUUUGGGUAUACUGCACUUGAUGUUGUUACUGAUGUUGAUGAUGAAAGCCCUCCAGUAUACAACAAUGACGAAGAAAAACUUGCAGACGAGAAAUUGCACGAAGUGAAGACCAAUUCAAAGUGCAAUGAAGUUGUGUUGUACAAUUUAGAACAAUGUAAAGUGUUUGAUUUACGCGAUGCGGAAAAAAUCAGUGGACAACGUUUUAAAUAUAAUGAUUAUCUUAAAACGGUGUAUUUUCCAUCAUCUCUUGUGGACUUUGAUAUGGAAUACAUUUCUAAUUGUUCAGAGAACCCAGUUGAAAUCUCAGAGAAUUGUUGCAUCAAUAUGUACAACAAUUUUUCGUUUGAUCUGACUCACAAUUUUGUGUUUCCAACUACCAUCACUAAAAUUAAAAAUCACAACAUGUGGUAUGGAUGUAAUGGAAAUUUUGUGGUGCCAAGUACUGUAGUCGAAAUAGGCAAGAACGCGUUCAAUUCUUCAAUUUAUCUCGAAGAACUUGUAAUACCACGUAGUGUCACCAAAAUAGGAAAUGGAUUUGUUAGUGGGUGUAGUUUAUUAACAAAUAUAAUAUUUGAAAACGGCACUUCGUUUGAUUUUAAAAGCAUCACAGCAAGUGACGAUAUUAUUGUGCAAAAGUUAACAGAAGACAAAACACUGACCAAAUUAAUGAUACCAAAUGGAGUGACUCAUAUACGAAAUUAUGUUUCAGAACUUGCCGAUUUAAAGGAACUUUCAUUGCCUUCGACACUUGAAAAAGCAGACAAAUACUUGUUUUGUAAUAACAAGAAUUUGACCAAAAUUGAUACAAAUGGAGUAGACAAUAACAUUUUUGUGGUGAGCUACGAGUGUCAUUUACGGCUGAAAGCACUUGGGUAUCUAUUUAAUAACAUUAAAUUGACGCAAGAUGAUAUAAAAAAUUUUGGGUACAUUUGGGAUUCUAAAUUAUGUUGGCAAGACGAGAGAGUUGUUGAGCUUGAAAUGAGUAAAAUGAAUGUAACACGUACUAUUGACACUUCAAUCGAUAGCCACCUUAGAUACUUAAAAUACAUAGAAACUGAAGAUAUGUGUGUAUAUUACCACGAGUGUAUAAGAAUGAGUAACUGUGACAAAUUACUAUCGAGUAUGUUUGUAAAUUGGAUCUUCCUUACAAGUGUCAAGUUACCAAGUAAUGUAGUUAAAAUACCAUAUGGCUGUUUUGUUAAUUGUUAUAGCCUGGAAACACUCACCUUACCCAAAAGUGUUACAAAAUUGGCGAGUACUUGUUUCUAUGGAUGUAUUUCGUUGACUUCUAUUUCGUGUAACACAAAUGUCGUUCUUGGACGAAAGUGUUUUUAUUCAUGUGACAGUCUUGUUAAUAUUCCACAAACGAAAUACUUUUCAAAUUCGGUCUUUGAACGGUGUACUUCAUUGUCGAAAAUCACACUUUUUGAUGGACUUGAAACUAUUCCACAUUGUGCGUUUUUUAGGUGUUAUAAAUUGAGUGAAAUAAAAGUACCAAAUUCAGUCACACGUAUCGGUAAAUUUGCAUUCAAACACUGCAUUUCUUUGACAUCAUUUAACUCAGAAAGUGUGUCACUUGUAGAAGAUGGGUGCUUCAUGAACUGCGAAAAACUAAAAAGGGUAUGCUUCAAUCAGAAGAAUGUUCAAAUUAACUUCGACGUGUUUUCCGAUUGUACUUCCCUUCAAGAAAUACAAAUUGGUGACGCAUCUAUCACGGUUUGCGACUUUGAAGUGAGUUUUACAACAAAUAAAUACUUCUUUGAGAAAAUGGGUGUUGUGUGUAACAAUGUUGUUUUAACACGACGAGAUGUCGAAGAGUUUGGGCCAUCAACAAUCAACGAAAAGUGUAUACAACGUGUGGACGAAGGGUGUUUCUUCAACAACAAAAGUCUUACUAAAAUAGUAUUCCCUUCUCAUGUAAAAUCUGUUGGAUAUUACAGUUGUUUCAGUUGUGUUAACUUGAAAGAAGUUGUUCUACCUGAAGGUAUCACAGAAAUCCCAGCACACAUGUUUGACUUGUGCACAUCACUAAGUUCCAUAAUUAUACCAAAAAGUGUUACAAAGUUUGGAACUAAUUGCUUUUUCUCUUGCGACUUACUCCGUGAUAACCCAUCAAUCCCGAAAGAGGCUUUUAGUUAUGAAGAAUACCACAAUACCGUUGACGAUUCAGAAUCUGGAUCAGACUCAAUCUUAAUCAUACUAUUUUUCAAACCGCAACAUUUUAUGUCGACUAUUUUAUUUUAUAUAGAAUAA